AUGCACACUCAUUCUCUCUUUGGCCUGUUGGCCGUUACUUGUACCUCUACAACUCUUUCUGCUUAUAUUCUUAGCGCCGACGACACGUACAGCGGCAAUUCAUUUUUCGACAAAUUUAACUUUUAUAAUAAUGGCGAUCCAAACCGAGGAUUCGUCCAGUAUCAAGAUCAAAACACAGCCUAUAACUCGAAACUGAUAUCUAUCAAUCAAGCCCAGCAGGCAUACAUCGGAGUAGACUCUUCUAAUGUUUUGGAUCUAAAUAGUGGUCGAGGGCGGUCGAGUAUAAGACUCGAAACUAAAAAGACCUACCAAUACGGCCUAUUUGUUCUAGAUCUAGCACACAUGCCUUCUAAUACGUGUGGAACAUGGCCUGCCUUCUGGACGACUAACGAUCAGGACUGGCCACGAUGGGGCGAAAUCGACAUCCUUGAGAACAUACAUGAAAACAACAACACUUUGGAGGCGCUUCACACAUCUCCCGGCUGUACCGUUGCGGGUAACCAAAAAGGCAAUCAGAUGUCAGGAAGACAAACUACUUACAACUGUGAUGGAGCAGCCACCUCAAGCCCUUACGGACCACAGGGAAGUGGUCAGGGUUGUUCAGCUGAUAACACUAACCCCAAUAACUACGGGACUUCUUUCAACGACAACGGUGGUGGUAUAUAUGCCAUGGAGUGGAACAAUCAGGCUAUUAGUAUCUGGCAUUUUGGUCGUAAUAAUAUCCCAAAUGAUCUCUCGGCCGGGGCCCCUAAUCCAACAGGCUGGGGACAGCCAGUUUUUACUACGGCUCAAGGAUCCUGUAACAUUGAUGAUCAUUUUAAGGACCAAAAAGUUAUCAUAGACAAUGCCUUUUGCGGCAAUUGGGCCGGUCAAGACGCUCUUUGGCAACAAACUAGCUGUUACAGGUCAAACCCCAGCCAAUAUCCAACCUGUGCUAGCUACGUAGCUGCCAACCCGGGCGCCUACAAAGAAUCUUACUGGUUAAUUAACUCACUCAGAGUUUACCAAAACCGGUUGUCAACCCUUGAAACUCUAAACCUCACCCAAACUAAGGAUCAGUCAUCAUCUGGACCUUUAGUUAAUGAACCGGAAAUACUUGAGGCAGAGUCCAAAAUCUACCAAAUGCAAGGGCCAGCUACAUCUGCAGUAUCCUCCCCAACCUAUUCUUCUAUCGAUACACCAAAGAUUUUCGAGGAAAGUGUUGCUGAAAGUGACACGAGUUCUACGGCCAUCACUUCAUCUUCUACGGUAAACGUUGCUCUUCCAAACAUACAAGUGCCCACUGUUACCGCCACUUUAUCUGCAAUUCUCUUUGACAGAGAUGAGGCGGGACCAUCCACUGCCUCGUCAACUCAACAUCCUCUCAGCUACACACCAAUGAGGAGUGCAGUGGCCACUUCUCCAGCUCAAUUCAAUACAAGUACAGCAUCUCCUAAUUCGACAUUCAGAAAAAUAGAGUCAAAAACUUACUCGAACUCAGGUAAACCUCUCUCGAGUACGCCAACAAACCUCCAUGCGACCGAGACUAGAACAGCCACUCCUAGCACUAACACAGUAGAUCCAAGGUUGGUAACUAGUUUGGGGGGCAGAAGUUUUCAAAUUGGCAGUAGCCUUAGUAGGACGUUAUUCAUAGCGUUGUCUAUUCUAGGUAUGAUGUUACCAAUAAACCUUUUGUAA